UCGCAAUGCAUUGUGGGCCAGUGCGGAAUGCGACGCCAUGAUUUUAACGAAGCUGUGACCAGAAAAUGGAUGCUUCCUGCUAGUCCAGUGUGUAUCUGUUUAUUACGCAGCGCUUUCACCCACCGGUCUUACAGACCAACUUGUUGGUUUCCGUAACGACAGCGGUAAAAUUAGUAGUUCUAUAAAACGGUCCUUAACGGUUAAAGUGGUUGGUUGACUACAGAGCCAGCUAGGUGGCUACUAUUAGCUCCCCAUAGUAGAUUGGCAACGGUGGCUGGCACAACAAUUAAAGGCAGUGAAACUUAAAGUGCGCAGUGUCCUGUGCAGUAGAAUGGAAGUACAAGUCAAACCGAAGGCUACACCUCAAGGUAUGGCCUGGAUUUGAUUUGGAAGGUGCUGGUGAUGGCAGAAGGGACUGGCACCGGCGAAAUGCCCUCUUUUGAUUCAAGUCCUAGCGCUGAAGCAAAAAAGAGACCAACGUCUUCUGAUGGCAGAGACGAACCUAUGAGGAAAAUGCCUGUGACAAAAUUUGGUUCCAAACCACGAUUUGAGCCUGUGCACUUUGUCAGUGGUGGAAGCAGUGGAGGAAUUGGCACUGACGAGAAGGAGAACAAUAAGGAACGCAGGAAGAGCGAGUCAUAUGGAGCGAGACAGUGGGAUUCUAAACACUCUUCCCACACCAGCUUCAGCAGAGCACAAGGCUUCUCUUCCCUUAGGCCCUCUUUUGACAGAGUACCAUCAUACACAUCUGACUCUUGGGGUUCUCAUAGAGGCAGAGAUAGAGACAGAGAGAUUUCCUCAGGUAGCACAGGUGGACUUGGCUAUGGAGGUCAUGGAUCGUCUUCAAAUUUCAUGGCAAAAACGCAGCAGGACUACAUAGCCAAGUAUGAAGCCCACGCUUCUUCUUACAGUUUAGACUCUUAUUGUCAGCCCCAGAGAUAUAAUGGAUAUGGGGGAGGGAGCAGGUCUGGAGGCUGGGAAUCGGGACGUCAGGGUUUGGGAUACAGUCAUCAGGAGAGGCCAUCAUCAAGCCGACCAUUUAUCAGAGUCUACAACAGCCCUGGCAGGAGCAGUCCUAAUGUGUUUCAACCAGGGUCUUCACAGCUUCUUCCGAUAUCUCAGUCAACAUUGGAAGAAAAGCAAAGGCUGAUAACAAGUGUUGCAAAUGCAUUGGCAGUUGCCUUUAGGGACCCUGUGCUGAUGACUGGAAGUGACUCACCAAACUAUAAUUUCAUGCUAAGCCGUAGUAUCCAGGCCUGCAAAACCAACCCGGAGUAUAUUUAUGUUAACCUGAAGGAUAUUCCUCAGGCUGACCUACCGAAGAAUAGGAAAGUACCAACAGAUGGUUAUGCCUGUGAACUGAGAUGUCAGGGUGUGUAUCUUGCUACAGGAUACUCUGGCAGUAAGAAUGGAGCAAGGGACCGGGCUUCUGAGCAGGCAGUAAAACUUUUCUUUAAACCAGUUGAGAUUCGUGUUGUGCAGCGUAAAUACAGACACCUAAUGGUCAAUGAUAUGGUUGUGUGCCAGAUGCACAGUCCGACACCAGCGUUUCUCCCUGCACUCCGGAACCCAGACGAUAAACCAACACCCAGUUCUAAGGGUCAUUUUGAGCCUGACAAACAUAAACACUGGACAGAAUUUGUGGUUAUGGACAACGCUCACGAUGCCAUCUGCAUACUGAACAAUUCUGCGGCUUUCAGUCGCAUGCAGAUAGACUAUAAGUUUGAUCCACUACCUGACAACAACGCAUGGCUGUGCAGUGUUUUUGUGCAGGAUGAGCUGGUGGGACAGGCAACGGGUACUAAAAAGAGCUCAAAGCAUGCUGCAGCUGGAGAAGCUGUAAGAAAACUUCGCUUGAACCAAGCACGACGACAACAGCAGCAGCAGCAGCAACAACAGCAGAAAGAAUCACAGUACUUCAGAGGAAGUAUACAGACAGAUUCUGGUGGAUGGCAGCAGGGUGGUAAAAAGAAGCAUCUGAGCGAACUGGUAAUUUUAGAGAACUCUGACAACGCAAUCUGUAUCAUUAAUGAUACAGCUCAGUUUAAUAAAGUGACUGCUGAUUACAAGUUUUCAGUUCUGCCCGAUCAUCGAUGGAAGUGUGAAGUUUACCUAGAAGGACAGUAUGUUGCAGCUGGAAUUGGGCCUAAGAAAAUAGUAAAACACAUUGCAGCAAAGGAGGCUUUGGCUACUUUGAGACAGACACAAGCUGUAGUCAAAUCGAACCUGAGGAAGGAGGGACACACCGACGCCAUAUCCCGUUCUCAGAUCAUAGCUCGCUCAGGUGAGGAAGCCACAAGGCAAGAGAUUAAAGAAGACAACAUUGGAAACCAGCUGCUCCGGAAGAUGGGCUGGAAAGGAGGUGGGCUGGGCCGAGAUGGAGAAGGUAUUGCAGAACCAAUCAGAGUGAAGGAGCAGUUCUCAAGAGAAGGUUUGGGUAUGGACACUGAUAAAACGGGAACUCAGCUCAGCAAGCAUGACAUUGAGGGCAUUAUUCGUAACUAUGCCAGUUCAGAGCGCCAGGAUGAUCUUCGGUUCUCAACCGACCUCACCAAUGACGAGCGCAAGCAGAUUCACCAGAUAUCUCAAAAGUAUGGCCUACGAAGCAAGUCAUAUGGACAGGGAAGGCAACGGUUCCUCGUUGUCAGCCGAAAAGUACACAAAGACCAACUUAUUGGCCAGCUUUUACAGGAAGGGCAGGUGGGACGCUAUGAGCUUGUUAAACCUCAGGCCAAUCAUUAAACUGCAUGAAAAAUUAGACAUUUUCAUUAACUUGGAUUUAAAAUCAAAUGACAUCCAAGUGUACCUGCUUGCAUACUGAACUGUGACAAACUUAAAACAAACAUUAAUAAAUGUUAUCAGGUACCACUUGCAGUUUUUGCAUUCCUUUGCAUUGAGUACUUCAGCUUUAGCAGGAGACUAAGAUGAGAAAUGUGAUAUUUUUUGUCUCCAGCCUUUAAUUUUCUGAGCUAUUAGUGCAUUGUGGGAUCACCUUCUGAUGACUCAUAAGUUAUUUUAUAUUUUAUUUUUAAUACAGAAGAUGACAGUAUUUGGCACUAAAAUUCUCCCGUUUUUGUACUGUUCAAUUAACCUAGCAGAAAAUGCAGCUUUUCUUUGCAUGGAAAUAUUGUAGGCGGUUGACUCGUGGAAGACAAGGAUUAGAUGGCAUUAACAUCCAAACUGUAGCUACAAGCUCAUAUCAGUCUCACUUGAGUGAUUUAUCCGUUUUCAGUAAUACAUGUAAUUUCAUAUUUCUACACCUGGAGACCACUGCAAACUGAACCAACACUCAUACGUUCUUCAAAUCUGUAAGCUGUGAUCUUUAAGUGAGAUGUUAAUUUGUGUAAGUAGGGUUACCCUGUCUGCUUGUUUUCACAGGUGUAAAUAUUGAAUAAAUUCAAACUGAUAUCAA